AUGGAACCCUACAAAGGAGCAAAUAACAUGCUUGAGAGUUUGUACAUGCAGGGUUUAAGGACUCCAAGUGCAGAACAAAUUCAGCAGAUUACAAAUAGGCUGAAGGCUUUUGGGCACAUUGAAGGCAUCAAGGCAAGAAUCCCCUGCUUCAUACAACCACCACCUCAUGUUGAUUUAGAAUUGUACCAACAGUACUCAAAGAUACCCCUACAUGGAGGUUUCGAAAGGAGACUAAUUCCAGAAAACAACGAUAGAAACAAGCACCCUGCGUGUCAAAAGUACAACAGAUUCAUGCAUCCCAGAAGCAUAAACCAGGAGUUGAAGUACCAGUCUUGUGCAAAGGACAAUACUCAAGAAACACUGGACUUAUUUCCCAUUCACCCAACUGGUGUUUUACAAGCAAAAAAUGGGAUUUCUACAAAUGCAGAGAAUUCAACUCCUAGUACUUUGAGUUCCUCUGAAAAUGACUGCAUUUCUGGUAAUCAGGGAGGAAAUUGUGGCCAGAAUUUUUUUGCCUUUUUCUGUGGGAAUGACACUUACGAAAGUCACUGA